CCGAACAUUUUCAUGGAGGUCUGGAAGGAUCACAUCCGCAAAAGGGAUAAUUGAGCAACAAGUUGAUGUUCCGAGCCAGCUACAGCAUCCCAUAGGUUAUUGAUGCAUUACGUGUUUGUGCAGAGUGGUAAAAAGAAGAAAGAGAAAUCAUGGGGCUAGUAGAGGACGAAGUUGCUGAAGUACAGAGGCUGUGCGAAAAUGUGUUACCCAAGUCAAAGCUGGUCACUUGCCUCGCUUCGCUGAUCCGCAUCGAUCUUCAGCAGACGAAAAGCAGGCAGCUAACGAUAUGUGUUCGGUUCCCGCAAAACUAUCCCGCCGGGAAGCUUCUUUUAGAAUUCAAGAGCAAAACCAUGCCGAGCGUGUUCCUUGAGCGGUUCCUCACCAUCUGCGACACUAAACUCACGGAGUAUACCGGGCGACCGCAAGUGAUGAGUAUAUUGAAAUUCAUCGACGGAUACCUCUCGGAGAAUCCUCUGUGCAUUGUGCUGGACGAGAUUCAAAACCUUCGCCAGAUGUUACCGAAUGCAAAUGACUUGAAACUGAAACAAAAGACAUCCACGGUUAGCGUGGUGGCCCGUGGCGGCCAGUAUUUCUACAGUGGCAAGUUCACUGUGCCCGAAAGCUAUCCCGCGGAACGAGUGCAAUGGGAAACCUUCGAAUGCAACCUACCGGCACCACUGGUGCUCUUCGUUAAUGGACAGGCCAAGGAAAUCGCUCGACAAUGCGUGGAAGCCCCUCUUCGGAAGCUAAAGGCCAACGAAACAUUUCAAGUGAAACCAAGUCUCCAGCGAACGCUUGGCUUUAUCAUAGCGGCAUUGCAGGAUUUUCCGAACGAAAAGUGUCCCAUCUGCUUGGCCUGCUGCUUGCCGGCUUGCCCAACGGAGAUUGUCACUCAGGAGGAGAGUGAUGAAUUUGUGGUGCGCAUGUUCUGCGGCCACAUCUACCAUCAGGGUUGCCUGAAGCGGUACAUGAGCGAACCUCCGUUUCCCGAGGGAGGCAAACUGUGUCCGGCGCCAAAGAAACAUCCCCGUAGCGAUCGACGAGCGAACGAUCUGCAGUACUAUGAGCAACUGAAAACGCAGCAACCGGAGGCUGUCUGCGGCCAGCGAGUAACGCAUGAUAGAUGGGGCUUGAAUAAUGUAAAGUCCGCCGAGGCUAAAUGGGCCCAUCAGCAGGCAAGAAUAAGAGAACUGGAGGAAGUGAUUGAUUUCUUGCAGUAGAGUUUUUCUAAUAAAUUUUUAGCACGUUCUUUGCUUGAGAUAACUCAACGCAUUCAUUCACUCGACAGAAAACAGAACGAAUUGUAAUAAACGAUAGUGCUUUGUGCAGUUUUUGCAAGCAA